GUCCUGGAAUGCAUCUUCACAAUUACCUAACAGGGUUUCUUAGUGCUUCUGCACCAUAGCUAAAUAUAUGUAAAGUUACGUAAUGUAGAGGAUUCUGGCCAACGUGAUGUAGCAACUUGCUGAACAAAUCUUCUGGCAUUUUACACAGAUGAUUCACAGUGUCUGGUCCUUUUGGAGCAGGGCGGUGUGGGAGAAAUGCUGGAUAUUAAAAUACUGGAUGAAUAGAUAGAAUCGUAGAGUUGGAAGAGCCCACAAGAGCCAUUCAGUCCAAUCCCCUGCCAUGCAGGAAGGAUAUUGACAAGCUGGAGCGUGUCCAGAGGAGGACAACAAAAAUGGUGAAAGACCCGGAAACCAAGCAUUAUGCGGAGAUGCUUAGAGAGCUGCGUAUGUUUAGCCAGGAGAAAAAAAGUAUCACAUUGUCUGUAGACACACAAAGAGAAAACUUUCCAUAGGUUAAGGAUUCUACGUGACUGAAGACUGAAUAGGAGACUGAAGAAGAGACUUAAAAUUUUCAGGAGUAUGCAAUCUUACUGCAAGCUGAAGUCUUCCACGAGAAGCAUAUCCAAGUGGGUGACCUGCAGCAGCCUCCUCCUCCUUUUGGGUCUACCUCAAUGCUUCUCUCAUCCCACCUAUGAGUGGCAAGACAGCCACACUAACGAGAGACUUGUGUGUGAGCAGUGCCCACCAGGGACCUGCGUCUCCCAGCAUUGCACCAGGGAAAGUCCGACAAUUUGCAAACAGUGCCCCACACUGCACUACACAGAAUACUGGAAUUACCUCGAAAACUGUCUCUACUGCAACACCUUCUGUAACUUCUUGGAAGAGGAGGCCCAGCCGUGCAACAGCACCCAGAACCGGGUGUGCCAGUGCAAGCCAGGCUAUCACGCGGAGCUGGACUUCUGUAUAGAGCACUCCAGCUGUCCCCCGGGAAGUGGGGUGGCUCAGCUUGGCAACCCACAGCAGGACACUAAAUGCACACAGUGUCCUCAGGGGACCUUCUCCUCCGUUUCCAGCAUGGACCCAUGCAGGACGCACCAGAACUGUUCUGCACAACACUUGGAGGUCAAUGUCCCUGGCAGCCAGUUCCAUGAUACCUUCUGCACUGCUUGCAAUAUCAGCAAAGGCACUGAGACCUCUGAAGGCUCAGAAGAUGGGUCAGGAAGUGAGGAUUGCCAAGAUGCUGUCAUUGACUUUGUGCCAUAUGAAAUCAAGGUGCCCAGGAGGCUGCGUCGCUUGAAACGUAUCCUCAGCGAGAGCUCCCAAGAAUCCAAGAGAGAUAGGAAGAGCCUGGAGGAGCUCCAGAUUGAACUCCACAGCUACCUUGUCCAGCUCAAGAACAUGGAGAAGAAAGAACUGCUGGUGCAGAGGCUCCUGAGAGCUCUCCAGCGUAUGAAACUCCAGCACAUACUACAGAAAAUCCAGAAGCGUUACUCAAUAGCCUUGUGAGAUUAACAGUGCAAUCCUAUACAUGCCUGUUCAGGAGUAAGUACCACUAGUUUCAGUGGGAGUUACUCUCAAGGACAGUGCAUAUAUAGGAUUGCAGCUUAAAUGUGCAGCCUUGGGUUUAGAUGUGGGUUAAUUUAUUUUAACAAACAUGCAAACAAAAGAUACACAGUUAUACUUCAGCAUCUUUGGACUCUUACUAGUUUUUCUUUGGUUCCCUUUCUGGUCUUGGCUAGAACUCAGUGAAAUGGGCUGGGCCCCUUUUGUUCAGUACUUGGACAGGUUUUUUAUUUGGGAUUACAGUUCCCAGAACCUGCAGCCACUGAAAAUUUUGAGUGUUUUUUAAUAAAAAAAGGAGGGGGCCUUUCUUUUGGCUUUGUUCAUUUCAAGGCAACAAAGGGAUUUAUUAAAAAUAGUAAGACACUAUUUUUUAAAAAAUGGGACUGCAAAACGGCCAUAUUUGACUCUGUUUGCUGUUACUGAGGUGAAUGAUGUUUACAAUGUAUUACAUUACUAGCAAGAUAAUAUUAGAAUCAUAGAGUUGGAAGAGACCACAAGGGCCAUCCAGUCCAACCCCCUGCCAUGCAGGAACUCUCAGUCAAAGCAUCCCUGACAGAUGGCCAUCCAGACUCUGCUUAAAGACCUCCA